CGUCUCUGGCAGAAAGCGACAGCCGUGUCUCAUAUGAAGGCUAUCUGACAGAGGGUGAAGUUUACUCCGCGCUCGGCCUUUCUGCUGCUCGUAACAUCUCUCCAAACUCUUUCUCCUCUCACUUCUCCAAACUCACGACACCUCGACGGGACCACACGCUGUCAUACUCACAACUUUUUCCUGCAACUCUGUAAGCGGUGAACAGGCUCUACUACACGUAUGACUCCAUGUGCUACACAUUUAUGAUGUGACGCCCAUGGCUGUAUCGAUACUCAGCACUGAACUUCUUCCCUGCUGCGCGCUGGACGGACUGCAGACUGCAGACCUGUGCAUUCACGGCGCUUCUGGAUUCUAUCAAAACUCUUUCUGCUUGACGGGAUGGUAAUGUAAUCCAUCUCCACACUGGCAUUUCACGAUCCGCUGAGAGACUUUAAAUCCAGCUUCGGGGUUUGACUGAAUAAUCCAGCUGUCUGGGAAUUGACCAUGUGAGCUCAUUAGUAACAUUAAACUCCGCUGGCCUGUGUGUAGGUAGGCCUGCUGGUCUGUACUUCUAUCUCACAGUCUUUACUCCUAAAUCAUGACAAUCCCCCAGUAAAGUUGACACCAGGGAAAAUGACUCGAUUCUAGGUGAUAGUCUUUGUCGACGAUGUGGUAAUCGCGUAGCAGCGAUGGCUGUCGCCACCCCCCCAGAGAUGGAUCAACCUCUCCUCCAGCUCCAGAAAGUGGACUCGAGUCGACUCGGGAGUUGUGUCCUCUCUCCUCACCUCACCUCCCCCUCAGAAAAAAGCCAGCCCAUCUGCAUCCCCUCCCCGUACAACGACCUCAGCCACGACUUCGGCGCAAUGCCCUUCUACAGUCCAACCAUCUUCAGCUACGCCGCUCCGGGAAUAUCGGACUGUCCGUCCGUCCGGCAGUCGCUGAGCCCGUCAUUAUUCUGGUCCAGCCACGGCCAUGUCAGGCCCCACGUACCUCUCCACCACUCCCAGGCACGUUCUCAGCCCGUUCAGCCGAUACAGUCUCCGUCCAAAUGGGUGGAGCUGUCGCAGCUGGACGCCGUCUUAUCAACCAGUCAGAAUGUGAGGAGGCGUUCUCAGGAGAGCGAGGAGGAGGUGGUGUCGUCCGGUGGGAAGGGGGACCUCCACUACUGUGCCGUGUGUCACGACUACGCCUCAGGGUACCACUACGGCGUCUGGUCGUGUGAGGGGUGUAAGGCCUUCUUCAAGAGGAGCAUCCAAAGACACAACGACUACAUCUGCCCCGCAACCAAUCAAUGCACUAUAGACAAAAACCGCCGCAAGAGCUGCCAGGCGUGUCGCCUUCGCAAGUGUCAUGAAGUCGGCAUGACCAAGUGUGGUAUUCGUAAGGAGCGUGUGAACUUCAGGACCCCUCAGACGAGGCGCGUGACCCGCCCACCGCCACAGAGCCGAGCCAAUGGACCCGCUCUGUCGACCGGAUCAGCGGCGGCCUUGUGGAGCGGGCCCAGCCCUUCUGCACUGACCCCAGAGCAGCUGAUAGAGCGAAUAAUGGAGGCGGAGCCGCCGGAGAUCUACCUCAUGAAGGACGUGAAGAGGCCGCUGAACGAGGCAAACAUCAUGAUGUCGCUCACCAACCUGGCUGACAAAGAGCUGGUUCACAUGAUCAGCUGGGCCAAGAAAAUUCCAGGGUUUGUGGAAAUCAGUCUCCAGGACCAGGUGCACCUGUUGGAGUGCUGCUGGUUGGAGGUGCUGAUGGUGGGACUGAUGUGGAGGUCCGUGGACCACCCAGGGAAACUUAUCUUCUCCCCCGACCUCAGCCUGAGCAGAGAGGAGGGGAGCUGCGUGCAGGGCUUCUCUGAGAUCUUUGACAUGCUGGUCGCCGCCACGUCCAGAGUGAGAGAGCUGAAGCUGCAGAGGGAGGAGUACGUCUGCCUCAAGGCCAUGAUCCUCCUCAACUCCAACAUGUGCCUCGGCUCUUCAGACACCAGCGAGGAGCUGCAGAGUCGCUCGAAGCUAAUGCGUCUUUUGGACACUGUGACGGACGCUCUGGUGUGGGCCAUCGCCAAAACUGGCCUCACUUUCCGCCAACAGUACACCCGCCUCGCCCACCUGCUCAUGCUGCUGUCACACAUCCGCCAUGUCAGCAACAAAGGCAUGGACCACCUCCACUGCAUGAAAAUGAAGAACAUGGUGCCUUUGUACGACCUGUUGCUGGAGAUGUUGGAUGCUCACAUCAUGCACAGCUCCCGUCUCCCUCCCCGCCCACCCCAGCAGGACUCCGGGGGCCCGAACGAGGCUCCCGCUCGGCCACACAGCCCCGGUCGCGGGCCCUCGAACACCUGGAUCCCCAGCAGCACGGCAGCCGCAGGAGACGGCGAACAGCAGUAGUCCAGUGAAGUGAAAUCUUAAAACGCUUUGCACAUUUCACAAGACUGAUGAGACUUUUUUACUGGAACAUUCUGCAGAGCACACACGUCUGUGAAUUUAAAGCUUUGAUACUCUUGUGCACUAACUCUGAUGAACUUUUUGAAUCAGAUUGACCAAACCUGCCAUAUCCAUUGCCUUACCACAACAUACGGAAAGAGGACGAUAAACAUCCUCAUUUGUCCAGUAGCACCAGCACUUGCUCAAAUGUUUGUGUUCUAUGUUGCUGCCUUAAUUGUCUCGGGCCGAGCUGCUUAUUUCGCAUCAUUACUUCAUCAGUAACAUCUUUUCUAACCAGACUCACUGCUGUCACAAUUUUCUGAUUACACAUACCUGGUGUUCACCUGGAGGUCUGACUGAGAAUGCGACUUAUGAGAAGAUAAUCUGGCUAUAAAAACAUAGGUACCCCUUUGUUUUAACGUGCAUAUCCAUGAACCUCAGCUAAAUGAUGACACGCAUACGGAGAGAUUUUAUUAUACUGGUUCAUUGUGUGCAUUACCUUUUUAUUUCUGGAGUCACAGGAUUUUAUAACUACGUGACAUAUUACCUUAAUGUGGUAAAAGAUUAAAUAAAA